UCUGGGGAGCUUACCGCCGUUGUGGACGAGCUACUCGGACAACUAUCAAACAAGUUUUCUACCAUCUCAAGCGAACUGCUUUCUAAGAUGGACGAUAUGUCCCGAAGGCUUGACAACCUUGAAGCAACGAUACAAGCCGGGGAAACGCCAAAGGGAGACGGAUCUAGCAAAUAG